UCACACGCUCUCCCUCUUUCUCCCCACUCCCAGUCCCCCCCCCCCCCCCCUUCCCCCUUCGGUUCAGUCCUCCUCCCGCUCCUCGGUCGAAGGUCCAGUCUAUGGCUCCGUCUCCGACGAAGCACGGCCGGGACCAAGCUUUGGAUUUCCAGGGAUUUUUGAAUGAUUUGCAGGAUUGGGAACUGUCACUCAAGGACAAAGACAAGAAAAUGAAAUCCCAAGUCUCCAACAAGGCGUCGUCUUCGUCGAGAACUGCAGCAGUUGGUGAGGAGAAAAGAACAGCUGGAGUAAAUUCUAAAGUUGGUGGCGGUAGCAACACAGGAUGGCAUAAUUCUUCAAGUAAUUAUAAGUUGUCAAGUAGUCUAUCGAGUACUUUCUCAACUGAUGAGUCUGUUCCUGAUGCAACUUCAGAGAAAGAACUGGGUAAUGAGUUCUUCAAGCAGAAGAAAUAUAAUGAAGCUAUAGAUUGUUAUUCAAGAAGCAUUGCCUUUUCACCAACAGCUGUAGCCUAUGCAAAUAGGGGAAUGGCCUAUCUUAAGAUCAAAAGAUUCCGAGAGGCUGAGGAGGAUUGUACAGAGGCCCUAAACUUGGAUGAUCGCUACAUUAAAGCAUACUCACGCCGAGCAACAGCUAGAAAAGAACUCGGGAAAUUUAAGGAAUCUUUUGAAGAUACUGAAUUUGCCCUUCGUCUGGAGCCGGACAAUCAGGAAAUCAAGAAACAGUAUGCUGAGGCUAAAGCUAUGUAUGAAAAGGAGAUUCUUAAGAAAGCGUCUGGAGCAUUGCAGAGAUCUGUGGAGCGUAUGCAGAAAGGAGGGAAGGCAGAGGAUGGGCAGCAUGUUACUUCAACCUCAAGCAGUGGUCAGAAGACGGGAGCGAGUAAAAUUCAAGAUCAUAGCGAGAAGAGCAAUGGAUCACUAGCUUUAAAGCCUGCUGCAAUUAUAGAGGAAGUAAAGACCAAAAGGACGGUCACUGAUCGUAAAACAGAGCCGAAGGACUAUUCUCUUAAAAAUGAUACUCCAAUUUCAGCAUCAGAGGAUUUAAAGAGGAAUGCCAGAAAUGGGAAGCAAAAACUGAGGGCAUCUGUGCAAGAACUUGCAAAUCGAGCAUCUUCUCUUGCAGUGCUGGAAGCUGCAAAGAAUAUUACCCAGCCAAAGUCGGCAUAUCAGUUUGAAGUUGCAUGGAAAGGAUUCUCUGGAAACCGUUCUCUACAGGCUCAACUGUUAAAGGUUACUUCUCCCGGCUCCCUGCCCCAGAUAUUCAAGAAUGCAUUGUCCACUCCCCUUCUUAGUGACAUCAUCAAAUGUGUUGCUACCUUUUUCAGUGAGGAUGUGGAACUAGCUGUCGGCUAUUUAGAUAAUCUAACCAAGGUUCCUAGAUUUGAUAUGCUCGUCAUGUGUCUUUCAUCUGCCGAAAAAUCUGAACUCACAAAGACUUGGGAUGAGGUGUUUUGUGGAGAGGCUACUCCGAUCGAGUACGCGGAGAUCCUCGAUAGCCUAAGUUUGAAGUACGGCGUCAAACGCUGAGGGGUAUAAUUUUUCUUUUCUUUAUUAUUCGGGGAAUCUGGGGUUCGUCGGACUAAUUCUCGAGGCUUCGUGAACUCCCGACGACACACGGAGUGGGUAAUCACGCUAAAUGUGUUCUGGUGGCUUCAAAGAGUGUCGAACCCUGAAUCAGGUAGAUAUGUGAACUCAUUUUUAACCACUAGGUCAAACUCCGUAGAGUUGGAUCAACAUUUUUUUUUAUCGAAACGGUCAUGAGGAUCCUUCAUAUAUCAAUUGCAAAAAUAAAUGUAAGAAAAAUGCCCAAUCGAAUAUUACAAGAGUGGAAUAUAAUAGUUUAUUCGCAAGGCAAUCUACAAAGGAAAAAUAUUGUGAGAAGAUCACGUCAAAAUAAACACAAUUACAAUUGAAGGUUGUCAUCUUGAAACAGUAAAUCCUGAUCACGACGUUUGUAGUAUUUCACGGGAUAGGGAUCCUCAGCCUUGUCCAUAAUUUAUGGCGAAAUUUCACUUUCACGAAAAAAAGUGUAACAAACAAGGUGUUUUGGGCUGGUAUCUGAAUGCAAGAUCUCAUCACAGAUCACAAUUUAUAGAUAGUCAAACCUAUGGAGCUAGAGCAGCUAAGCACUAGAGCACCUAGAUCACUUCAAACCAGCGGCCGUCAGUCAAGCUUAAUCAACAUAACUCCAAACAGCCCCAAUCCCAAGACAGCCAAACCUACGGAGCUAGUGCAGCUAAGCAGCUAGAGUUCCUUCGAUCAGUUUAAACCAACAACUCUAAUAAGGGAACCGAAACUAUUCAAAUGAACAACAAAAAAUAUGAUACAACAGGAGUUGUAUCAACUAGCAUAGCUGCAAUUCAAAUAUUAAAUCUAGUGUUGGCGGGUAGGGUGGAUUUUCCCCCGUCAGCAACACAUUAAAGAAAAUUUUAAUAUUCUUAAUUUUAUUGAAUUUAAAUAUAUAAAUCUCUUUUCUCGAUGUAUACCACUUGAUAUUCGGAAGUCUACUAGAUUAGACUAAUCUAGAUUCAAGUGAGAUCGAACCAUUUAAGGUUAAAACUCUUCCAAUCAUGAAUUUUCUAGUCACAAGACUCAUGCUCAAUUAAGGAUACCAAAUGCCAAUUUACUUAACUCGCGAUGAUAAAAAGUCUAUUCCUAUUCGUUAGCAAUUUAAAUUGUCUCUUUUUAUUAGUGAUUUUUUACAUUGAGUACCACUUGAUACUCGAAAGUCCAAUGGUUCGAUUAAUAUGAGCUUGGGCGAGGUUGACCCACUAAGGGAUAUAUCUUCUCCCAAGCAUGAUUUUUUUUUCUAGUCACAAGACUCACUCCCGAGGUCUUACCAUAGGAUUAUAAGCGCCGACUCAUCUAAAAUCAACUCAUGUUAAUAUAAAGCUAUUUAAAUUCGUCACUAAUUUAAGUAGCUUUUUUAAUUUGAGGCAUUAGAAAUAUCCUUUUAAUAAAUUUUAACCUAUUGCGAGGAAGCUCGUCCACCUAAAAUUAGCGGAUCACUUAAAGCCUAUUAUAUUGCGUCAUGAUACUUUAAUUAGAAAUGUUGAAAAUUCAGAUCAAGAUUAUCGGAAAGAAAGUGUUAGCUUUUAUAAAAUAUUAAUUAGUACAAUAUUUUAAAAAAUAUGGAUCAUUUACUAAUCAAAUGAGUGUUCAUAAUUUUUACACAUAAAUAGUUGUAUCAUAAUUUUAAUUCUACUACAUAUUAGUUAUUACGCAGACUACUAUAACAAAUCAAAAAAUUCAUGAAUUUUUUUCUCUGAUCCUUGGCAUCGUGCGGGUGCAAUAAAUGAUAUAUACCAAUAUUUAAAACAAAAUACACUUUUAGAUAAAAUAAAACCAUUAAGUAUCAGUAUAUAAACCAAAAUUUGGAUAAAAGUAUUUAAAAAGUUGUAAAGGUAUUUUUUUUCAUAGAUAUAAAUGUGAAAAUUUUUAUAAAAGAAGUUAGUACGAAUGCCAAGUGGACAGCUAUCGUAUUCACAUUUUCCCCCCUAAAUCGUGAGAUUUUCUAGUGGUUAAAAAUUUAGUCGAAUGGAAUUUAUAUUUUUCAUAUUUCCUUGAAAUGGUAGAACUUGGUUACAAUUUCUUUUUUUUUUUUAAUGAUUAAUGAUACCUUUGGUUACUAUUUUCAAUAAAUCAUCGUCAAUAAACUAGUUAAAUUUAAAAACAAAAUAUUUGAAAUCAUUUCUAGAGUUUAUCAAUAUGAAUUUAACAUAGAAAGCUUUCGAAUUGUGUUAUCUUAUUAACAUAUGCUUACCAUCGAUACAUAUUGCAUUGCCUCUCUUUUACUUUUUCGAACAUUAGCCGUGGUAUUCUCAGGAAAUUAACUAUAGAAAGAAGCUGCAAAACGAACUGUCCCUUUGAUAAUGAAGCUGUGUUCAAUUAUUGUGCCAACAAAAAUUGUGCGAAUAUCUACAUUAGGCAUAGACAGAAACUAUUGAGGGGAGCAAUCCAAAAUUAUUAAUUAUUGGUGACUGCAUUUGCCAGUUGAUACUGUUAUGGGUCCCAAAUCAAUCGCCCACUUGGGUUGCCCAAAAUCUUCAACUUUUUGGACUCUUAUUUGAGGAGAAAUUCUCAGACACGAAGAUUAAAAAGAGAAACAAAAGAACCACACCCGGGAUUUACGUGGUUUGCAACAAUGCUGUGUGAUCUUUAUGUUCAUGGAUAAAGGAGGUUCAAACAAUAUUUACUCAUUCAAUAGUUAAUUAUGCGUGUGGAAUAUAUAAAUAUGUAUUAACGUAAUCCUAAAUAGCCGAAAUAAAUCAUAUUUACAAAUAUAUAUAUAUAUAUAAUUCACUAACAACUUAAUAAAAUUUGAUGGGUUCAAACAACAGAGGGCAUAGUGCUGUGAUAGAUGCCUUCAUCGGAUAAUUUAGAGGUUUUUCUAUUCGAUUCUUGUGAUGAAAUAUGUGUCUUUUUAUUAGAUUUUUCAUUUAUUUAUACAAGACUCAUACUUUUUUUAUAAAUAAAAAAAGAAAUUAAUCAACCCUGGUUAUAUAAUCGAGGUCGUCCCGUAAAAUUUAAGACAGUCUGACAAGUCCUAAUUCUGAGAGGUUGGACCUGCGUAAAUGAGUGAUGUUUUAAAGAGAGAGAAGACAAGAAAUAUGGUUAAAAACCAGAUGUCAAUCAAAUGAUUGGAAGGUAGCACUCUUUUUUUUUUUUAAUGUACAUAUAUUACUUGAUAUUAGAAAAUUCAACGGGUCAAACUAAUUCAAUAAGAGUAAAAAAUCUUCAAAUUAUAGAUAUUUUUUUCUCUAUUCAAAAGAUUCAGAUUUGAUAUUUUUGUUAAGAAGAAAAGGUACCGAAUCGAAUGAACGAACUCAACAGUGCUUAGAGAAAUGAUGUUUUCCCUGUGUUUGCAUGGAGGAAGACAAAAUAACUGCACAACCCAACAAAUUAGCAGUUCUAGCAAACCCACACUCUCCUUGUUUUCUCUUCUUUCCCCUCACCUCACCUCCACUCACUGCCACAUCCAUCUCUUGUUUUCUUCAAUAUCCUGAUAAGUCUCCAAGGUCGAUCAUGCCCUAAUAAAACCAAACACAACCUUCAAUGUCUAAGUUGAUUGAUUGAAAAAGAAUUGAUUGAGAAAGGUCGAUAUGCUCGGGGUGCAAACGAUCCUCUCCUCUGGUUCGCGAAAAGCCGGGGUUACUGUGCUAGAUGAAGACUUGGAUUUGAUCCAUUAGUUUUAUAUCUUCUCAAUUGAAGAUUUAGAGGUACAUCAAAAUGCAAAUGGUUGCGAUUUUUUUUCCCCAGAAGUGAAUGAUCCAAAUCAUGAAACAAAAUCACAAAUUAAAGGGAGUUUAUUGAAUCCUAUAACCCGUCAAGAAAUCAAUCAUAUGAUUUUUAUACUUUUGCCUGUUACAUCAUGAGACCAUGUAAGAAGCGCUCUCUCUUCACUUUGCUAAUGUCGAAGAUCCAAUGACCGCGCUAACUUUGGAACCAUGUAACACGUACACAUAUAUUAUAUCACAACUAUAUGCGUGUAUUUAGGGUUUUUUUUUCCUGUCAUAAGGGAAGCUCAUGAACUCAUUACAAUGAAAUGAAAAUCCUAGUUAUCUAAUAAAGGGGCAAGAAUAGUCCUAUAGCGAAAAUCGAACCUGUAACAUUUUGGGUAAUAGGCAAGAAGAGGUGUGAUGAAAAGAGUAGAGAGAAUAUUUCAAAAUGUAAAUCCAUAUAUGUAAUUAACUGCUUUUAAUACUUACUGUAAUGAGUUACAUUCUGGUCAUUGAGCUGGAGAGAUUUGAAAUGCAACAUAACAAAAGAUAGAUCUCUCGAAACACAAUAGAAUGUAACGUAAUGACACGCAAUGACAAGACGACUAUAUAUGUAGAUGUAGCACUAGUCAAAGAAAUGCAUACUUAGAGCUAUUGGAAAUUAAGGUUCAUCAAGACAUGUAUAUGUAAGUAAAUCACUUGAAGCAAGCACGAUGAAUCGAUCCUUCAUCUCCCAUGUUGUCUUCAGGUUGUGUCGUUGUGUUUUCAAUGUCCAACAAGCACAUCUCGGCAUGGAUGAUUUCAAAUCGGGAAGUAAA